AUGUGGGUUAAUCGAAUGCGACAGCCUGCGGUAAAUGCGUCCGCCAUUUCGCGUCAACUCAGAGGGGCGGGUCUCAGGUCAACGGUCCCGCUCGGGCGACGACACUUUGCAAGCAAUCAGCGAGAAACCGCAGAUGGUCAUCCCCAGUCCUCAAAUUGGUUUAGGAACUCCCUCGCAUUCGCUGCGGCAGGAACGGCAGCCUUCAUUAUCUAUUCAUAUGCUACUAGUACAGGCGAGAGCGAAUUCUUGAAAAACCUCCCAGACUCAUCCAGGUCGAUUGAGGAUCUUUCCGCCCAAUACGUACAAAGGAAACGCAGCCUGAAGAGUCCUGGACUAUAUAUAUGGGGUACGAAUGAGUACAAGGUGGUGGAUCCAGAUGCCAAAGAGUCUGUCGUCAAGCAUCCUCGGAGGCUGUCUUACUUCGACAACCACGUGUUGAGAGACCUGAAGCUUGGGGAAACGUCUGGGGCUGCUAUCACCGAGACCGGUGAUCUAGUACAAUGGGGCAAAGGAUAUUCUGAGACUGAUUUCAAACCCACAAAAACGCUAGCUGGGAAAAAUCUAAUUUCUUUGUCUAUGUCCCAUGAUCGUAUUGUCGCCCUAUCUUCUGAUGGCAAGGUCUACUCGCUGCCGAUCUCAAGCCACGACCAGUCAUCCGGCCGAAAAUCUGACGAGAAAUCAUGGGUACCAUUCUGGGCUGGCAAGGCUAGCCUGAGCUAUCGUAUAAUUCAACCAAGCUUGAAGCUGGGAGAGAAAGUGACCACCAUCAGCGGUGGUCAGGAACAUGUCCUCCUCCUGACGAGUUCCGGACGAGUAUUUUCUGCUGCUGCAUCAACUGAGAAUUUCCCAACCUUCGGGCAACUAGGAGUCGCGGGAUUGACCUGGGCAACUAGGCCACAAGGGCCAGUGGAUGCUCCUCAUGAGGUUAAGACUCCAAACCGAGUGAAAGUCACACAAAUUGCGACUGGUGACUACCACUCAUUGCUGCUUACCAAGGAAGGUGACGUUUUGGCGUUUGGCGACAAUUCUUUGGGGCAACUAGGAAUGGGGUUUGACGCAGCAAAGCCUUUCCGUGACACGCCUACGCAGGUGCCUAUCAGAGGCCUUUACCGCGAUGGUGGCCACCUUCCCCAAGCGACUGGCGUUGCGGCUGGCGGUUCGAACAGUUUCUUCCUAGUGGAUGUCCGACAGACCGGUCCAACUCAGGACCUGAAUGGUGCAGGAAAAGUUACAUGUGACAUUUGGACCUGCGGCCGAGGAAUCUGGGGUGCGCUUGGGAAUGGCAAGUGGACUCACUUGCAGGAUCGUCCCAUCAAAUUGAAGGCACUUAGUGGAUUAGUUGAGUAUGACGAGGCGACAAAGGGAUUAUUGCCCAUCCGUUUGAACGAUAUCUCUAUUGGCACGACCCAUGUCUCCGCCAUCCUAGGUAACCUGACACAUUUGAAUCGCGCCUCUACGCCCACCCUGGAGGGCCCCGACGAUGCGGGUCUAGAUGUGGUCUGGUGGGGUGGAAACGAGCACUUUCAGCUUGGAACCGGCAAGAGAAGCAACUUAUCCAAACCAGCCCAUAUCAACGCACCACCAGAGACUACGCCAGAUGGUGAUAAGGAAGUCGCCAGGCUCCAAAUCUUACCUCGCCAUCGUGGAACGGUGGCCGGUCGCAAUGUCAACAUGCGACAGCGGGUUGAGUGCGGACGACAUAUCUCUGCGAUCUAUUCUGGGUUUUGA